AGAGAGAGAGAGAGAGAGAGAGAGAGAGAGAAUUAUUGAAGGCACGCUUGAGGAAAGAAGGAAUAGAAACGAAAAUAAGCGUUGUGUGUGUGUGUGUGUGUGUGUGUGUGUGUGUGUGUGUGUGUGUGUGUGUGUGUGUUAUUUCUAUAAACAAUAACUCUGCAAAUUAUUUAUGGAUAAGGAGGAGAGAUAGAGAGAGAACGGGAGAGGAAAGGGAAACUAAAUCGGAUAGAGACGAAAAAAAAAAAGGGAAGAGCAAAGAGAGUCAGGGAAUGCGAUGAGAGACGGGUAGAGAGAGGGAGGAGGGAGAGAUGAGUUUAUGAUUGAUGAGGGAAUAAGAGAUGACGGAGGAGGAAGAGGAGGUAGAGGAGUAAGAGGAGUAAGAGUCACGAGUCGGAGGAGGAGGAGGAGGAUGAGUGUUAUAUAGCUGAGGAAGCUGAAAGGGUGUGAAGGACAAAAGUAGGAGAUGAGAUGAAUAGUCGAGUUACACACAUGCACACACAACACACAUGCACACACAACGCACAUGCACACACAACACACAUGCACACACAACACACAUGCACUCCUGUACUUAGAAUCUAACGUCCUGUACCCUUAACACAACACUUCUCCCUUUUUCCUUAACGUGAGGUACCAACUAAACCCAAGAAAAUAAUAUAUAAUUAGUAGAAUGAAUACGCAAAACAGCUUAAAGCAUCGAUGAAUUACCCAGCAAAAAAAAAAAAAAAAAAAAAAAAUAAGAAAGCUUUUGGCAAUAAUGACUCAAACCUCUAUUCAUCUACGCAACAAAGUAGUUAUAACUGAUUACAACGACGAGAAAUAAGAGGAAAAUAAAAAAGCGCUUCUCUCUACACCGCAUUUUAUAGACUCUGAUGUAAACUAUAUCGCCUACCCCCAACACAGCUUCAUGUAAGACAGAUCAGAACCACCGAGGAAACAUACACUAUACCACUGAAAACCACAACACCAAGACGCUGAUGUGAACGUAACGCCGAUCAAAGCAAAAGAAACGCCUUCACCUGGUCAGAGAAGGUAGCCACGCCCCCUCCCCUCCCCCUUCCCAAGCGCCGUCAGUUGCUCCCUACAGCCGCGCCCUCGUGACGUCUCCCGCACCAUGGACCCCGCCAGGAUACUCCAGAUCAUUACCAACAGCACGUGGAUGGUGACCAAGCUGGUGGGCAGCGACCCGGUGGAGUUCGAGCAGCCGGAGUACGAGGUGACGGUGCCUGAGAACACCCGCCAAGACCACCUGCUGCGGCUGUCCGCCAGGGUGCGGCUGGAAGGCGUGACGGUGCAGUACAGAAUCCGCCAAGGUAACGAAGACGGCCUCUUCCACCUGGAUGCGUCCACGGGCAGCCUUUCCCUCCUGCGGCCCCUCGACUACGAGCUCCAGCAACAGCACGAUCUGGUGGUGGAGGCGGCGGCGGGGGAGACGCGGGGCGAGGCGCGGGUGGUGGUGAAGGUGGACGACCAGAACGACCACGCGCCGGUGUUCCUCAGGACCCUGCACGAGACCCAGAUCACCGAGGAGGACAACAGACACCUGCCCAAGGUUAUCCUGAAGCAGGUGACGGCCGUGGACGGGGACGCGGGUCGGUUCGGGGACCUUUCCUACACCCUCUCCGGGGACGGCAUCUUCAGCAACGGGUCGCGGCCUUGCUUCUCCGUGGACGCCGCCUCGGGCACGCUCCUGCUCCUGAGGCCCCUGGACCGCGACCCUCCCCACGGCCGGCCUCAGUGGCGCCUGCGGGUGACGGCCACGGACGGCCAGCUUGAGGCGCACACCGACGUCCGUGUAAACCUCAAGGACGCCAACGACAACGCGCCCUUCUUCCCCUCCCGCACCACCACCGCCACCGUCUCCGAGGACACGCCGCUAGGGUCGUCGGUGACGCGCGUCGAGGCCACGGACUACGACGACCCUCAGGAGGGAGACAACGCCAAGGUCACGUUCUCGCUGGAGAAGAACGCCAUCGACGAAGCGAGCGGCCGCCCGAUCUUCGCCAUCGACGGCGAGCUCGGCGUCAUCAGCACGGCGCUCUGCUGCUUCGACCGGGAGAAGACGCAGCGCUACGUCAUCCAGGUGGUGGCGACGGACGGCGGCGGCCUCAAGGGCACGGGCACGGUGGUGGUGGACGUGGACGACGUGAAUGACGUGUCUCCGAGGUUCUCGCGGCCCGAGUGGAGGCUGGACGUGCCGGAGAGACUUGACAACGACCACGUGCUGGCCACCCUCACCGUCGUGGACCCUGAUGCAACAAACGUCUUCGCCUACAGGGUGGUGCCGGGCAGCGGGCGGGGCUGGCAGAUGUUCCGCGUGGAGGGCGUGGCGGGGGCGCUGCCCGGCGGGAACCUGAGGUCGGUGGAGCCGCUGGACUAUGAGGAUCCCGAGCACCGGCAGGGCUUUACCUUGAGGGUGCAGGUGACGGACAUGGGUGAGGACGGCUGGGAGCAGAAGGAACACGUGGCGGAGACUUUAGUGAGGCUGAACUUAGUGGACGACAACGACAACGACCCGGUGUUUAGCGAGGACCUCACGAGCCUCUCCCUGCCCGAGGACACACCGCGGGGCGCUCUUCUCGCCACCUUCACUGCCUUCGACUCCGACAACGGUGGAAAGAGUCGCGUGCAGUACCGGGUGGCUCCGUCCAGCGACCCUCGCCGCCAGUUUGCCGUGGACGAGAGCGGGGCGGUGCGUCUGGUGGGGGGUCUGGACCGGGAGGCCGCGGAGACCCACAGUGUGCUGGUGUGGGCGGUGGACGAUGGCACGCCGCCCAGAACCGCCACCGCCACCCUCGCCAUCAACGUGACAGACGUGAACGACAACCCGCCGUUCCUGGCGGAGCCCCGCGAGGUGCAGGUGACGGAGAACAGCGAGGCGCAGCAGGUGGCGCAGGUCAAGCUGAAUGACCCCGACGACUGGCGGCAGGGUCACGGGCCGCCCUUCACCAUCGCCCUGGACCCCCGCGCGCCGCCCCACGUCACCGACAGCGUCAGGGUCACGCUGGACACGAGAGGGGAUGACGGGCGUGGCGUGGGCGUGGUGUGGACGCGGGCGGCGCUGGACCGAGAGGAGCGUCCCGCCCUGCUGGUGCCGCUGGUGGUGGGCGACGCCGGCUGGCCGCCCCUCACCGCCACCGUCACCCUCACCCUCCACGUGGCCGACCUCAACGACAACCCCAUGGCGCCCGCCAACAAGACCGUCACCGUACACACGCUGCAGCGUCAGGGCGCGGCGGUGCCCCUGGGGCGUGUGUACGUGCAGGACCCCGACGAUUGGGACACCGCAGCCAAGACGUACGCCUGGCGGGACCCUCAGGCGGGCUUCUUCCUCGACACCUCCAGCGGCCACCUCACCAUGGCGCCCUCAACACCUGCCGGCCGUUAUAUCCUCAAAUUCGUAGUGAGCGACAGCGACCACGGACAGAGGGACGUGAAGGCGGACGUGACGGUGCAGGUGACACAUCUAAGCCCUCACGAGAUGAGGCACACCGCGCCGCUCACGCUGGCCGCCUCCAGCUGGAGCGUGGUGGGGCCAGGCGUUGAGGGCGGGGCAUCGCUGUUGAGUCGCCUCGUGAACAUGGCCAUGACGUGGGCGGGCGGGGGCGGCGCAGCGGUGCAGGUGUUGUCGGUGCAACCGCUUGAGGGAAGGACGCCGGCCACUCGCGUCUGGUUAACAGCGGCUGGAAUUGCUAACUUUGACCACCUUUUGCUGUACCACAAGAACGAGAUAAGCACAGCGCUGGGCGUCCGCGUCCUGGACGUGGGCGUGGUCACGUGCCGUGAAGGCGCCAUCACCGCGCGGGAAGCCAUGGCAGAAGAGAGGUGUGUGGGCGGCUGCUGGGUGGGCCUCGCCGACGACUUCAUUGUGGUGGACGCCAAUGACUCGGCGGUGGUGAGCCCGCGGGUAGUAACACGGGGCUUCUGUGGUUGCCCCGCCGCCGUCAUCAGAACAACCACAUUUCAGGACCGUCCAUGUACCCCUGACACCUGUCUCAACGGCGGCAGGUGCCUUAGUACCUUCUCGGGUACUCGGUGCAUCUGUCCUCAUGGCACAUGGGGCUCUCGUUGCAAAACGCUCGCAAGACACUUCGAGGGAGGCGGGGGUAAGCAGGAGGGCGACGCCGGGGACACCGCAGAGGGAGCGUGGGCGUGGGUGCCGCCAAUCCCGCCGUGCGCCGAGGUGCACGUGAGCCUGGAGCUGCUGAGCACAGCGGGGGAAGCCGCGCUGCUCUACUCCGGGCCAGAGCAGCACAGCACCGAGCGGGGGCCGGGGAGGGGCCGCCGCGACAUUCUCCUGCUGCUGCUGGAGCUGCGUCAGGGGCGGCCGGUGCUGCAGCUGGACCAGGGCGGCGGGCCCGUCACCCUCGCCCUCAACUCCUCCUUGGCCGACAACACGUGGCACAGGAUAGACCUCCACUGGAAGGACGAGCUGGUGGAGAUGGUCGUGGACCUGUGUCUGGGUGGCCACUGGGACGAGCCGCCGCCCACGCCUUCUCCGGCUGCCCACAACACCUCGUCCACUCCCGUCCUGCCUGAAACACACGCCUGCAGGGCCGUUACGGAGCUGCCAAAGGGCGACCGUGUGCUCAAGACCGGCGGAGUGCUGCAGGUGGGCGGGCUGGUGCACUAUCUGCCCGAUCUCACGCAGGGCGGAGCCACGAUGCAGCCACGACCGCCACAUUUUCGAGGCUGCGUCAGGAACCUCAGAGUCAACGGCGAGCUGGUGGACCUGGGCACUGGCGUCCUCAGCAGGGCCAGCUCGCCGGGGUGUCCUGCCGCAGACUGCCUCGCCCAACGCCUCCACUGCGGCGUCCACGGCAGGUGUCGGGGGUCGCCGGGGUCGCUGCGGUGUGAGUGCCAGCCGGGGUGGGGUGGGCCGGGUUGUGCCUCGCCCACAAUGCCCACCACCUUUCUCCCCAACAGCUACGUCAAGCUGGCCCUCUCCUUCUCGCCGCUGGCCUACACCACCUCCAUCAGCCUCAGGUUCCGCACACUGAGGAGGACAGGCGAGCUGGUGGUGCUGUCAUCCCAGCACGGGCGGGACAGCUGGUCUGUGCAGCUGACGGACGGCCGCCUGUGCGCUGUGCUUCACCUCCACCCUCGCUCUCCGGCCUCGCUCUGCCUGUCACGGGCCGCCCUCACCGAUGGCCGCUGGCACGCCCUCGCCGCCACCAGGUACGGCUCGGCGACCAUCCUGACAGCAGACGACGGGGACGGCGACCUGUACAACGCCUCGCUGCUGCUGCUGGAGGGGCGGCAGCUGCUGGAGGUGGACAAGCAGGAGGGCGUCCGGGUGGGCGGGGCUCCACACUUCCAGGACGCGGGAGUCCUCAAGAUCCACAGCGAUUACUUUGACGGCUGCAUCGACGACCUGCGCAUCGCGGGCCGCAGCGCGCCGCUGCCGCCGGCGGUUAACAGCACGCCCUGGGGCCAGGCCAGCACCUUCAGGGGCGUGGAGCGAGGCUGCGGCGCCCCGUCUUCCUGCGCCAACGUGUCUUGCACACCGCCGCUCUCCUGCGUCGACACCUGGAGGUCCUACCACUGCGGGUGUGGCGAAGGCCGCGUGCUGGGCCGGAGCCGCGCGACGUGUGAGGACGAGGACGAGUGUGCGUGGCGGCCGUGCCUCAGCGGCGGCUCCUGCUUCAACACCCAGCCAGGGUACGUGUGCUCGUGCCCGGCGGGGUUCAGCGGCCAGCACUGUCAGCUGCCUGACGUGGGUAACACCUCCCUCAAGCUUCCUGUCGGCGUCCUCAUCACCAUCGUCGUGUGGUGCAUCUUCCUCGUGUUGUUGGUGUGCGCCUUUCUGCUUCACCAACACCACCGACGCGCUGCGCUUCGCAGAGGCUCGUCGGAUGGAAAAGACACUGCCGUGGACUGUAAGGGUCAAGUAUCGCCACCGUGCAGUCACACACCUAAUCUACUGGAGCUGCAGCUGCGGAAGCCGCCCAGAGCCAACGGCCAUCCAGCGUGGACCAGGAACCCCAACAUUGCCGAAGUGGAUGUGUUGCAAGUGGAGCCGAUAAAUUCAGUGAGCGGAGUGGUGGGACGGCGUGAGGGCAUGAGAGGCUUUUCCUGCAGUCCUCCUCCAAUGAGGGGCGGCUGCAGGGACCACCGGUACAACGGUGAAAACUGCUCCCCUCUUUUCUACCGUCAUGAUGUGGAGUCCCUACGGAGAUCAUCCCUGUCUUGAGGGCCCCACAGGGAAGCCUGAUUGAAGGGCGGUGCUGGGUGGCCCGAGGAUCAAGGAGGUUCACAACACUGACCUAACUGGCACCAUAAGACGCCUUCAAAUAUAACAUUUAUCACACGGCCGGCAACACAGUCUGCUGAAACACUUUCAUCUCAUGAGAAUCAGCCUUUCUACACGUGGCCUGUUGAGGCUCCAGCGGGUACAUGACGCAGAAGUCCUCUAAAUCUCUUUGAUGUCGAGCAAAGAAAUACAACACUGCCCGCCGUGAAGAACAUCGGCACGCCAAACUAUAAUGCAAACAGUACACCAUAAUUCCAGUGGGCUACUUUCCAGUACUAUGAUAUAUAGAGGACUGUUCAUUCACAAUAUCCCUGCGGCCCUACAAGCUGAGUGUGGCCGGCGUGGUGUGGCUUGCCAGGAUGCAGGUGUAUGGCACAAAAGGCUCUUGUGAGACAACGGAAGGAGAUAAACUGCCGUGGAAAGAAGAUCGGUUACGAGGUGGAUAGAUACGUCUGAGUCUGCCGCAGGGUUGCCUUGCGAGGCCCCGACCUCGUUGUGCUUGGCGGGCGCCACCAUUCAUGGACAGUCUGCCAGGUGUUACUCGCCCACCAAGAAAUGCCUGACUACGAGGAAAAAAUAAACGUUUUCGCCCCAACAUUCCAGCACGCACAGAUAAUGUUCAAAAAGUAAGAUUAUGUUACACGAGUCAGCAUUCUGACAUUAGACUAAAGAAAAUUGCCAGAAGUCUUCCACCACAUGACCAAAGCAAGACCGUCCACUUAUUUAGUGUGUGUGGCACUUUGCUAAUAAAAAAUAUUAC